AUGAUUACAAAAUCCCUUUAGUCAGUGAAAUUACAUGAAUCUCCCAUACAAAAAUGCAAAGUUGAUCAAACAAAAAAAAAGAAAAUCAAUCAAGUUGUUUUCAAAACUGAGAUUGAUGAAAACAAAAACACACAAUAAGGAUUUCAAACACAAAGAAAGAGUUAUGAUUGCGUUGCAGUAGAAAAUAAAAUCAAUAGUUUCAAUCUUAUUUCAAGUAUAUUUGAAUUAGAAUCUAAAAAUAUGGAUCUUUAUUUGAAUCUUUAAGAUAAAAAUACUCUGAUUUAAUAAAUGAAAACAUAAAUUGAAUAAUAAUAAAUAAAAAAUUAAUAAUAAAUUAGACAAUAUAGUUAAGAAAAAAAAGAACUUAUUUUAAAGUAAAUAUAAUUACUAUUAAAUAGAAUUUAAAACUUAGAAAAGUAAUCUGAAUAGCAAAGGAGAUAUAUUGAAUAAUAACCUUAAUAUGAAAUUGAAGCCUAAGAGUGGAAAAGUAGAUUUCUCAAAUUGAAUAAGUAAUUCCACCAAUAGCAAGAGACUUUAGUCAGAUUAGAAGCUGAGUAACAAAGUAGUCAACGAAGAAAAACAGAUGGAUUUAAUUAUUUUAAUUAAAAAAUGUGA